GACGCAGUUCGACGCAGUUAAUUGUAACGCAUAGCUUCUAAAAAUUUUAUAUUUUUUUUUGGCUUUAUCCAGUGCAAAAUUAAUUAAACAUGGAUUCAAUAAAUCAACGUAGAGGUCAAAUAAUUAGGCACAAACCUCUUUGUCAAAAAAAAGAACAUUGUUACAUAGGAAUUGAAAGUCAUUUGUCUAAUUUUUCACAUCCUCAUUUGGAGGAUGUAUUAGAAGGACAGUUGGAUGUUGAAAAUCCAGUUUUACCUCCAGAUGUUGAAUUUCCAUGGGGCUAUACAAUUGUUACAUCCCAAAUAAAAAAACUUCAGAAAAUAUUAAGAAAAGAACGAGAUUCUUCAUCAUCAUCACCAUCAGUAGUGUGUAUUGAUUUGACUCUGGAUGAUUCAGAGGAUGAUUCAGACGACAAGAAAAAAAAUAAAACAUCAAAAAAACGUUUACCAAAUCCAAAAAGUGUUCAAGAAUCAAAAAAUAAAUAUGAAUCAAGUGCCAAAAGAUCAAGACAAGAUGUACAAUCUUCAAAUAAUUCAGUCAGGCAACAACUUCAACAAGAUAAAUAUCAACAACCAUCAACAAGUUCUCGUGUACAAAAUUAUAAUGCUCAAAAAUCACCAUCAGUUAGAGAACUACUUCAAAUGAAUUCUAAACAAUAUGACGAUUUACAAUCAAUAAAAUUAAACAAUUAUCAAGCAAAUGGUUUACGUACACAUAAAAAAACAUCAUCAGCUUGUCAACCAAAAAAUUUAUACAAACAAAAUAAUUAUGAUGAACAAAAAAAGACUUUUAAUUCAAAAAAUUCUUGUGGUAAUAAUUUACCAGUUUCUCAAUCACUUCAACCAUCAAGAUCUAUAAAUCAAAAUAAUUUACAACCAUCAUCAUUAACAGCCACAUCACGUCAAAAUAAUACAGAUCAACAAUUGUAUAAAAAAAAAUUAAAUUAUCAACAAGAUUCUGGUACAAAAAAAUCAUCUCAACAAUCAACAUCUUCUCAUGAUAAUUCACAAGCAUCAACAUCAUCAACAACAACAACAACAACAACAACAACAGCAGAAAGACCACGUGUUAAAAGAACACAACAACAAUAUAUUAAAGAACGUAAAACAUUAAUUAAAAAAUUAAAUGAUCAAGGUGCAGGAUGUGUUAUAAAACCACCAGGUGAAUUUGAUAUUAAAUAUAUUAUGUCAGCACCAUAUAAUGUAUUUUUAUCUACUGUCGUUGACGAGCCAAAAACAUGGGAUCAACCAUAUUCCAUAACAUUUCCAGAAAUACUUGACAUUAGUUUAGGUAAAAUUGUCAAAAGUUUACAUAUUAGUUAUAUAGUACAUGUUGGUUGGUUACAUAUCCAAUAUUUAUUAGCAAUGCAACCAGUUGACUGUACAAUUAUUUGUGAAGAAAGAAUAGAUGAUAUACCACUUGAUAGUAAUACAAAAGUUUUUAUUCAUAAAACAACAACAAAAUAUGGUUGUCAUCAUAGUAAAAUAUCAAUUUUACAAUAUGAAAAUGGUGCAAGAAUAAUAAUAUCAACAGCAAAUCUUUAUUUAGAUGAUUGGCAAAAUAGAACACAAGCCAUAUGGAUAUCACCACAUUUACCAUAUUUAACAGAUGGUGCUGAUUCACAAUUAGGUGAAUCACGUACUGGUUUUAAAAGAGAUUUUUUAGAAUAUAUUAAAGCAUAUAAACGUGAUUGUCUUAAAGAAUGGUUAGAAUUAUUGAAAAAACUUAAUUUUGCAGCAAUUAAUGUAUUUUUUGUUGGUUCAGUACCAGGUAGUCAUAAAGAUGAUAAUAAAACAAAAUGGGGAGUACAAAAAUUAUCAAAAUUAUUAUCACAACAUGCUGAAUUACCAAAAGAUGGUGCUAAAUGGUCAAUUGUUGGACAAAGUUCAAGCAUUGGAAAUUUAGGAGAAAAUUAUGGUAGCUGGAUUGGUCCAAAUUUUGUAUCAUUACUUGCUGAAAGUACUGAUAAAAGUAUACAAACAGCACCAAGAUUUGAAUUUAUUUAUCCAGCAGAAUGGGAUUAUAAAAAAUCAUUUGAUGUUAGACACAGAUGUUGUUGUCUUACAUAUCCAAAAAUUUUAUUUAAAAAACAAAUGUGGCUUCUUAGUAAUUUACGUAAAUGGAAAUCAGAUGAUAAAUGUCGUACAAGAGCAAUGCCACAUGUUAAAUCAUACACAAGAAUAUCACCAGAUGGUACAAAAGUACCAUGGAUAGCAAUAACAAGUGCAAAUCUUAGUAGAGCUGCAUGGGGUUAUGGUACUAAUGCAAAUAUUAUAUUGAGUUAUGAAGCUGGUAUUGUAUUUUUUCCAAAAUUUGUUACUGGACAAACAACAUUUCCAAUUAAAAAUAAUGAUUCAUCAGAUGUACGAGCAUUUCCAAUACCAUAUGAUGUACCACUUACAGAUCAUGAUUUUAACGAAGACGUAUUUGUUACUGAUAUGUUAAAUAAGUAA